AUGCUGGCCAUCCUCCUAACUGCCGUACCUUGCGCUAGGCGGGGGACAAACUGCGUCACGCGCAUGCUCGGUGGUUUCAAUCUCUUCUGGCGCGUGCACAUGACAUGGAAGUUCAUCUAUGUCAUGCUUCUCUUGCAUGCACCGGCCCGGCUUUGGAUCUGGUUCUUCUUCCCCACUAUCUUUGUGAUCGUUGACCGGCUUCUGCUUUCCAACCACCAAAGCUUGUACUUGGCGCUGAAAAGCGUGAAGCUGCUCCCGCGCGACGUCAUCGGCCUGACCUUCGAGGUUCCACAGGGCUUUGCGUACCAGGCUGGCCAGUACAUCCUCCUAGGCUGGAAAGGAGAAUGGCGACAUCGGCCCCAGAGGAGAGUUGCAUCUCCGUCCAACAAUCUGGACUGGUGCUCUGCCCUGCGGCGGCGCCUUACCGAGGAGGCCCCAGCGCAGGCAGUGGGUGCCGAGCCCGCACGGCCCAAGGCACCCAUGGUGAUCGAGUACUGCAAGCGUGUGCUUCCCAACAGCCAAGUGGUGUACAACAUGCCCAAGAUCUGCAGUUCCAGUGGCGCAGCUAAGGAUGUGGGAGAGGCUGAGCCUCAAACCAAGUUGGAGGGCCCGCGUCUGUUGGGCCGGAGCCCUUCAGGGAAGGUGGCAGACAGGCCGGCGCGGUCCGGCGAGACGUUGAUCAGCAGCGCCGCCCCAGGGAUGCUGCCGGGGGAGUCCGUGGUGCUGCAGGUCACUGGGCCGUUUGGUGCCCCUGCACAAAAAGUCUGGGGCUUCGACGUGCUGAUGGUCGUGGGGGCCGGCAUUGGUGUCACGCCCUUCGCCUCAAUCCUGCGCUCCGUCCAGCUUCGUGCCAGGCAGCGCGAGACCAUCAUGAACGCUGCCAGGAAGCCUUCUGCUUGGCGAGCAGCCAUGGCCAGCAAUGCCCAGGCCGAUGAAACCAGGUCUGGGCUUGAGAAGCUGGUGGUCCCGAAGAAGAUCUACUUCUAUUGGAGCUGCCGCGGUCAAGAAGAGUUCGACUGA